CAGGCCGUGUAGAUUAGAGGAGGAAGCAGCGGCCCAAACGCUCUCUCCUCGCCGUUUCGUUCGCACACACACGCGCGAGCUAGCAGCCGUAGUUGCAGCUCUGCAGGGCUCGGCCUCGGCGCGCGGGAGAUGGAGGAGGAACCGGCCGGAGGAGGGGGUGCGGGUUGCAUCGUCGUCGCCGGCGACCGCUCGAGCUUCGUGACCGGCCUCAUCGAGAACCGAGCCAAGGAGGUUGGUGUUGCGGCCUUUGAUUUGAGAUCAGCCUCACUGCACCUCUCUCAGUAUAUCGAGACGAGCUGCUCAUACCAGAAUACAAAGACGCUACUGCAUUUCUACGAUCCGAUGGUUGUAAUUGUGCCCCCUAAUAAAACAGCUGCAGAUGGUAUGGUUGGAGUUUCAGAGCUGGUUGAUAAAAAUUACCCAUCAAACAAAAAGGUCACGAUGGCACGUGGUUGCUUUGAUGAUACAAAGGGGGCUGUUAUGGUGAAAAACCUUUCAGCCAGGGACCCAUCUGCACUAGGUUUGGAUACUUACUGCAAGCAGUACUAUCUUUGUCUUGCUGCGGCCUCUGCAACAAUAAAGUGGAUAGAAUCAGAAAAAGGUGUAAUUAUUACCAACCAUUCCUUAUCAGUUACAUUCAACGGCUCGUUUGACCAUAUGAACAUUGACUCAACUAGCAGUGUUCAAACCUUAGAAAUUAUUGACCCUCUCCAUACUGAACUGUGGGGUACUAGCAACAAAAAGAAGAGUCUCUUUCAGAUGCUGAAGACUACAAAGACUACAGGAGGGUCUAGACUACUGAGAGCCAACUUACUACAACCGCUAAAAGAUAUUCAAACUAUCAAUACUCGGCUCGAUUGCUUGGAUGAGCUAGUGAGCAACGAGGAACUGUUCUUUGGCUUAACACAAGGUCUUCGUAAAUUUCCAAAAGAAUCAGAUAAGGUUCUCUGCCACUUCUGCUUCAAGCCUAAAAAGGUCACUGAUGAGGUACUGAAACCUGCCAAUGGUAGAAAGAGCCAAAUGUUGAUAUCUGACAUCAUUGUCCUAAAAACUGCUCUGGAUGCAAUACCAUUCCUCUCCAAGGUUCUGAAGGGGGCUAAAAGUUUUCUUCUUCAGAACAUUUAUCAGACAGUAUGUGAAAAUCCAAAGUAUGCAAGCAUGAAAAAGAGAAUCGGGGAUGUGAUUGAUGAAGAUGUUGUUCAUUCAAGGGCUCCUUUUGUAGCUUGCACUCAGCAGUGCUUCGCUAUUAAGGCAGGAAUUGAUGGGCUGCUUGAUGUUGCUCGCCGAUCAUUCUGUGAUACCAGCGAAGCCAUACAUAACCUCGCCACCAAGUACAGGGAGGAGUUUAAUAUGCCAAAUCUGAAGAUACCAUAUAACAACAGACUGGGGUUUUACUUUAUUAUUCCCCAGAAGGACAUUACUGAAAAGCUUCCAAAUAAAUUUAUUCAGGUUGUUAGGCAUGGGAAGAAUGUCCAUUGCUCAAGCUUUGAGCUUGCUUCGAUGCAGCUAAAUGUUAGGAACAAAUCGGCUGCUGCUGAGUGCUUCUUGCGCACGGAACUUUGUUUGGAAGGACUUAUUAACGAGAUCAGAGAAGAUAUUGCUAUCUUAACAAUGCUCGCUGAAGUAUUAUGUCUUUUGGACAUGAUUGUAAAUUCUUUUGCCUAUACAAUAUCUACAAAGCCUGUUGAUCGUUACACGAGACCAGAGUUUACAGAUGAUGGUCCAAUGGCAAUCAAUGCUGGACGGCAUCCUAUCCUCGAGAGCUUACAUACUGAUUUUGUUCCUAACAAUAUCUUUCUUUCCGAAGCAUCAAAUAUGGUUCUUGUCAUGGGGCCAAACAUGAGUGGGAAAAGCACAUAUCUUCAACAGAUUUGUCUUAUAGUCAUUCUUGCGCAAAUUGGCUGUUACGUUCCAGCUCAGUUUGCAUCACUGAGAGUAGUAGAUCGUAUAUUCACACGUAUAGGCACUGGAGACAAUGUUGAAAACAACUCGAGCACGUUUAUGACAGAAAUGAAAGAGACAGCUUUCAUCAUGCAAAAUGUUUCUUCAAAGAGCUUGGUUGUAGUAGAUGAACUUGGAAGAGCUACUUCUUCCACCGAUGGGUUGGCAAUUGCAUGGAGCUGCUGUGAACACCUUCUAUCCCUCAAAGCCUACACCGUGUUUGCGACACACAUGGAGGGCUUGUCAGAGCUUGCGACGAUGUAUCCAAAUGUGAAAAUCCUCCAUUUCGAAGUCGACUUGAGAAACAACCGCUUGGAUUUCAAGUUCCAGCUGAAGGAUGGUGUCCGGCGGGUACCGCACUAUGGACUUCUGCUAGCCAGAGUGGCUGGCCUCCCUGCUUCGGUGAUCGACACCGCGGCCAGCAUUACUUCACGUAUCACAGAGCAGGAAAUGGUUAGGAUGGAUGCGAACUGUGAGCAAUACCGGUCUCUCGAGAUGGCUUACCAGGCUGUGCAACGGCUCAUCUGCUUGAAGUACUCGAACCAAGGCGAUGACUACAUCCGUGAAGCAUUACAGGACCUCAAGGAGAGCUAUGCCGCAGGUAAGUUGACAUGAAAAAAGAGAUUACUGCACCAGGAAUAUUACAGAGGUUUGCGUGGAGCGAGUCACACGGCCUAUUUGCUGGUGUAUCACCGCAGGGAGGCGUGAUCCAUAGGUCUUACUUUUUUUUGCCUUAGUCAUGGCAUUGUAUUGUAACUUUUACACUAAUAAAAGUCCUAUACUGAAAGUAGCGAUAUGGUAAAGCGGAGGAGAAAUACUACUUGACGAUUGUAUGUUUGUAUAUUCGCCCCAGAUAGUUGUAUUUUACUGGGUAGUAAAUCAAAACUAUACCAAGUGAUA